UCCAGGUGGCUAGUUUUUCCAUAGAAGAUAUUCUGCCUUUUCUUUUCCUUUCGCACUUCUUUCUCUUUCCCUGCUUUCUUCUUCCACCGGGCUCACAGCUCACUUACUCCAUUUCAGUGUGGUCACUGGUCACUUGGUCAGUACUCUCACAACUGAUUUUGUCCAUUUCAGUCGGAAUAGAGAGGAGUGUGCUCUUUUCUGGUCAAUUUUUUCCGCCCAUGAACAAUGGAAUGUUGGAAGGAAGAACCACUCGUCAUCAACAGAAUUGAACCAUGGUAUAGCUCGUCCAACCGGACCAAAUCUUCGGUGGUGAGCGGGUUGGGGAAAAAGCUUCUAUAUAUUGAAUUAUUGAUGAAUUAGUUCAACGAUCUCCGGCAGAAGAUGCCCAACAUCUCCGGUAGGCUUUGUAGGGGUAACCCUUUUUCUCUCUUUGUUUCCGAUGACUUCGCUGCUGCAACCGCCUCCAUUUUUCCGGUGAAUCCGCUGCAGCACCCCUCUUUGUUUUUAUGGCGAGUUGCAGCAGCAACCCUUUAUGUUUUUUUUUUCCCUUCGACAGUUUGCAAUGCUUGAGGACAUUUGGGUGGAGUUCCCUUUGACUAUUUGCAAAGCUUGAGCACAUUUUGGAUAGAGUUCAGCUGCUUGUUCCGGUUCAUAUUUCUUCACUAAUAAGUACUGUAAUAAUCAAAGAGAAAAAAUGGCUCAAUUGACCAAAAAAUCAAAAUAAUAAUGCACGUGGCCGGCCACAUCAGCGUUUUCCGGCAUAGUAUAUACUUGACCGACUAAAAAGAGGGAUUGAUAGUUUCUUUAUAGUUUAGGGAGUUAAUUGAAUGAUUUAAUUGUACAAGGACUCGCUCGAUAUAUUUGCUAUAGUACGAGGACCUAUUUGACAGUUUUCCUUUUAUUAUUAUUAUUAUUAUUAUUAUUAUUAUUAUUUGUAUUGUUGUUAUUAACUUAUUAUCUAUAUGCAUUAUAUUUGUUUUAUUCGUAGUCAUUCGUGUGGAGGCAUUGGUCAUUCCUUGAUGAUCCCUCUUCAGUUCACUCCAAAAGCAUUAACUCUAAACAUUAUUUCAAGCACAAAGAUACUUCACAGCUUCUCCAACUUCCUCGUUCUCCUGGGAUGGAAGUUGUGCGUGGGCCAAAUAAGAUUUUUUUGGGGACAAGGGAGAAUCAAAUAGUUUUGUGUUCAUUUAUUAUUAUUUGUAUUGUUGUUAUUAUCGAUAUGCAUUAUAUUGCAGUGUGGGGGCAUUGGUCAUUCCUUGACGAUUCCUCUUCAUUUCGCUCCAAAAAAAUUAAACUCUAAAUAUUAUUUCAUGCACGAACAUAUUUUGCAGCUUCUCCAACUUCCUCGUUCUCCUAGUGUGGAUGAAAUACUUAGCCAAUACAGUGCCUAUCGGCAAAAGAAAGAUGGGAUGGUAGCUGAUUCACUAAGGGAAAUUCUCAGUGGAUUGCAACGUUACUUUGACAAAGCAUUGUCAGCCUUGCUGCUUUACAAGAAUGAGCGUGACCAGUAUGAAGUAGCAAUUAAAGAUGGAGUCUGCCCUUCGUUUGUCUAUGGUGCUGAGCAUCUAUUGCGCUUGUUUGUUAAAUUGCCUGAAAUAUUGCACCAUGCAAAUAUUGAGAAUGAGUCAAUGAUCGAGUUACAGCAGGAAUUACAGGACUUCCUCAGGUUCCUACACAAGAAUCAGAGCUCAUUCUUUGCAUCAUUUUACAUUAAUUGAUCCUCAAGGUUGUGCUGCUGAUGCGGCGGCUCCAAGAAAGAAAGAAAUCAGAUGCUUAGCUUUGGCCACUUUACCAGUUUGUAUUUUGUAAUAUUAUAAUAUUAAAGUAUUAAGCUGUGAACGAGCCAAUCCACAGUGUCUGUCUCUUGCAUUUCAGAUGAACUGCCUUUUGCCGUGAACGUUUUCGGGUGGUUCUAGCUCCAUGUACUAGUGCCCUUACGACACAGGGUUUAACAACACUAUUUUCAAUUUUAUGUCCAAUAACUGAAUGGAUUUCUCUUUACCCAACCCGUGCAAUCCGG